UCCUAAAAAAACACCAUUUGCAACUCUGGCUUCUCCCCCUGCUAUUUUCCUCCUUCUCUCUCCCUUGCCAGACAAGUAACAACAAACUUGCAUUUUCUUUUCUUUCAUUCCUCCCCUUUCCCCUCCCUCAGGGACCUGGGAACCCCAUGUUUUGUUCUUGUUUGUUCAGGCUUUGAGAAAGUUUUUUCCUUCAAAUUUAUAAGGAAAAAUGGUUCGGGCACUGGAACAAGAGCAGGAAAGUUACAGGUCCAAAUUAUUCCAUUUCAGAGGGAUGUUUGAGAAUACGGGGAGGCAUACAAAGAGCUUGAGCAUUGAGAGCGCCAGCACGUUAAGUCCUUCAGACGAAGAUCCAGCAACAUCGAGAAGUCAAGGAUCAAAACCUCUAAAUGAUUCUACUGAGAAGGCUCAAAGGUCAAGAGCAAUCAAGGAGGAAAUAGCAGCAAAAGAAGCCAAAGAGAAGCUAUUGCAAGAAAUGGAACAGAUGAAGGAGAGAUUUGCUAAAUUGCUAUUGGGGGAGGAUAUGUCUGGUGGAGGAAAGGGUGUUUCAUCAGCUCUGGCACUGUCAAAUGCAUUCACAAACCUUGCUGCUGCUGUUUUUGGUGAACAAAAGCGCCUAGAGCCGAUGCCGCCCGAGAGGAAAGCCAGAUGGAGAAAGGAAAUUGAUUGGCUUCUAUCAGUGACAGAUUAUGUUGUUGAGAUGGUUCCUACUCAACAAAAAGCAAAAGAUGGAUCCAGCAUGGAGAUUAUGACAACGCGACAACGAACGGAUCUCCACAUGAAUAUCCCUGCCUUAAGAAAGCUUGACAACAUGCUUAUUGAUUGUCUAGAUAACUUCAAAGACCAGAAUGAGUUCUACUAUGUAUCAAAAGAUGCAGAUGAUGCAGAUAAAGAUAGUUCAAAGAGAAAAAAUGAUGACAAGUGGUGGUUACCUACACCUAAGGUUCCUGCAGAGGGUUUAUCUGAUGUGGCGAGAAGGUUUCUGCAGUAUCAAAAAGAUUGUAUGAAUCAAGUACUUAAAGCAGCGAUGGCCAUAAAUGCACAGACCCUAUCGGAGAUGGAGAUCCCUGAAAGCUAUAUUGAAUCCCUACCCAAGAAUGGAAGAGCCAGUCUAGGGGACUCGAUCUACCGUAGCAUUACAGAUGACGUUUUUGAUCCUGAUCAGUUCCUAGCUACUAUGGACAUGACAUCAGAACAUAAAAUCCUAGAUCUCAAGAACAGAAUCGAGGCGUCAAUAGUGAUUUGGAAGCGGAAGAUGAACCAAAAAGAUACCAAGUCAGCUUGGGGUUCUGCUGUGAGCUUGGAAAAAAGAGAACUCUUUGAAGAGAGAGCAGAAACCAUCUUAAUUCUUUUGAAGCACCGUUUUCCUGGGCUUCCCCAAUCUUCAUUGGAUAUAAGCAAAAUCCAAUUCAACCGGGAUGUGGGGCAAGCUGUUCUUGAAAGCUAUUCAAGAAUAUUGGAAAGUUUGGCUUUUACAGUGCUGUCAAGAAUAGAAGAUGUACUCCAUGCAGAUCACCUCACUCAAAACCCAUCACUAGCUGGAAGAAGGAGCAGUGUGAGAAACCAAGUUCCCAAGCCAGAGAAGUGUCCAACUCCUAGAGAAGAGGUGGACAAGGGUGGAGCAGAAACACCCGGGUCAAUGACACUAUCUGAUUUCAUGGGUUGGCAUGGUGAUCAAGGUGACUCAGACAUUAAGAAGGACCCUCUUGCUGCAACAGAUGACUUCUACAAAGACAUUGAUAGUGGAAAGCCUCAAAAACUCCCAAAUGUAGUGACAGACAAGAAGGUUUCUUAUCUUGAGACCUUGGGAGGUAUGAGAAGUCCCACAUCGCGUCAUUAACCCAGAAAAGUUAAGAGUUAAGAGUUGUAAGAGGGAGAGAUUUAAAAAAGGCAAGAAAACAAGAAUGGUUGGUCUUGGAGAGGAGUUGUUUGAGACCUUAUUUAUUCUUGAUCAUCUAUUCUUUCUUUUUGUACAUAAAAAUGAAUAUAACAAUCAUCAGGGUUUGAGGUAUUUUUCACAAGUUGUGUAUGGUGGCACCUACAAAAUGUGAAUUUUUUUAUGAACUCACACCGCCAUUGUACCUUAAAAAGGCUUGUAACUCUAAUCAGCCUAUGAUGGCAGGAGGAUUAGGCCUGAUAGAAAGAACCAUUCCUAACUCUCAUUUGCAUAAA